AUGCGGCCGUCUCAGAAUCCCAACAAGGAAAAUGCUCUCGUCAGCACAGAGGAUCUGCUAGUCGGCACAGAUGCUGGCAUCGUCCUUUACUACGUCAUUGAGUGGCCGGAUACGUCUCAAGUCGACGAGGACAAUUGGCAAGGCGAUAUCACACUUGUCUCUCGCAUCAAUGUCCAUGACCAGCAAGUGUGCGGCCUUGCCUGGGCCCCCGACGGAGAAUCCUUCGCGACAGGAGGCAACGACAACAACUGCUGCUUCUUCUAUGUCAACAAUGUCCUGCCCCCAUCCUAUCACAAAGGCAGACAUGAAGGGGUGUCCAAUAACCACCCCUUCAAAUCGCGCUACUCGGGCAUUGCCGACAGUCGUCUCACUGUCCAGCUUUCAAAUGGUAGCGAAGUUCGAGAGCGGGCCAAUAACAAGGAAUAUGAGCGCCGCGGCCCUGGGCGUACAGAAGUUUGGCGCUGGGAGCAUGGUGCGGCUGUCAAGGCGAUCGCCUUUUGUCCUUGGCAGGAGGGACUUGUGGCCACCGGCGGAGGAUCCAACGACCGUUGCGUCCACUUCUUCCAUACGACGUCCGGCACCCCCCUCGCCACCAUUUUUGUUUCGUCGCAGGUGACCAGUCUCAUCUGGAGCACCACGCGGCGAGAAAUCGCAGUCACGUUCGGCUUCGCCCAUCCCGGCCACGAUAUCCGCAUCGCCGUCUACUCCUGGCCAGAGUGCAAACAGGUGGCUGCUAUUACAUGGGAGGGUAAGCAUCGCGCCCUGUACGGCAUCUCGUGUUCACAAGGCCGCCGCUGGGGUUCACAGCAGUCAGUCAUUAAGAAUAAGAAAAUGAAAGAAGGCUGCAUUGCCGUUGCGUCCAGCGAUGAGAGCAUCAAGUUUUACGAGCUGUGGCCCGACGAUGGCAAACCCAUCAUUGGCGGCGUUGGCAUGCUCGGCGGCAGCGAUAUCUUAGAGGAUUUGGAAGGCAUUCAGAAAGAAGGAGACAUCAUUCGCUGA